UACUUUCAUGCCAUAAAUAUCCAAUUAAAACACACUAUUAAAGAUAUUCAUAUCUUUUAUAUAAACUAGCUAGCUAAUAAGUUUAUGUGUUACAAGAAACCAUAUUAUAAAAUAAAAACAACAAAUAUAUGAAGAGAUUGAAGCAAAAACCAUGUUCUUCAUGGGAAGAUUAUGAAGAAGAGGCAGCCUUUGCUAACGACACGAUCCGUGGGGCGCAAAGAGGAUCAUUAAUGUGGCCUCAAAGAUCAUAUUCAUGUAGUUUCUGCAAAAGAGAGUUUAGAUCAGCUCAAGCUCUUGGAGGACACAUGAAUGUUCAUAGAAGAGAUAGAGCUUUACUCAAACAAGUUGUCACCCAUCAUCAUGAUCAUGAUCAAAAUCGACACGAUUAUGAUAAUCAUGAUCAUAAUCAUGAUGAUCAAGUGAUCAGUCAGCCUUCGAAAUCAAUGCUUCCUCUAAACCCGUCUCAGGUUUGUGUAUCUAAGACUAGUGUAGCACAUCUUUCUUUAUCUAGGGUUUCUUCAAAUUCUGUUAAACGUGGGUUUAAGAAAGUAAUUAGUAGUACUAAUGAUGUCGUUCAAGCUAAAAUGUCCAUGGGGUUGGAUUUAGCUAUGGGGAAGUGCCAAAAAGAGGAGGAUUAUUAUUAUCAAGAAGAGUGUUUAAAGAAUAAUAAGAGGUUUAAGAAAAAUAAUUGUGAGUAUAAUGUUGCUUUGAUUCCAUUCUUUGAAGAGAUUAGGUGUUCUAAUGUUAAGGAUAAUAGCGAUUUACAAUUACCGAAGAUUUCAAGUCUUAAAGCUAGUAAAUCUAUGGAGGAGUUGGACUUGGAGCUAAGACUGGGCGGUCCGCUUCAAAAGGUCUAAGCUAGUAGCUAGCUAACAACCAUAUACGUUGAAGUCGUACUAAUUAGUUUGUGAUACGUACCCUAGUUAUUUAUUCAAAUCGGAUUGGUUAAUUAUAUAGGGAGUACGUAUUUUGAUUUGAUUACUUAUUUUAAUUUACAUUAUUCAUAUCGGGUUGUAUGAGCAAAUUCAGUACAAUUUGCUAGCUUUAAUUUGAUUGUAUUAAGGUUCUUGAUCGAGUA